ACCACAGCGGCUCGUGAGGAGAUUCUACCCUGAAACAUGCCUCUGCUCCCCGGGGCCGACACGGGGAAUGUGACCGGGCCCUGGAGCCUCCCUGCCGCAUAACCCGGAGACCCACGUCCCCGCAGCGACGCGACCGCAGCCUCGAAACCAGCCGGAGGCGACGGGGGCCACAUCAUUGACUCAAGAGAAGAUGGCGGAGUUCUCGCCUGUCCUGCCGAUGCGGGAUGGAGGAGGAGGACGGUUCGGUCAGCCCAUCUUCCCUCGCUCCAGGUCCGGCUCCGAGUCGGAGAGCGAGCUGUCCCAGAGCCUGGCCCGGACCAAGAUCCGCUCCUACGGCAGCACCGCGAGCGUCACGUCCUCUCUGGGGGAGAAAUACAUCGAGCAUCGGGUUUCAGACAGCGAUACUCUGCAGGGCAUCGCGCUGAAGUACGGUGUCACGAUGGAGCAGGUCAAGAGAUCCAACAAGCUGUUCAGCAACGACUGCAUCUUCUUGAGGAACAGCCUCAACAUCCCCGUGGCGUCCGAGAAGCGCUACACGUUUAACGGACUCUCUCUGGAGUCGCCCGACGGGGACGGUGAGAUGGCGGGCCAGGAGGCGGACUCGCUCUGUAUUACGCCGGAUAUUGAGGGACCCUCGCCGCCUCAGCCCCCGCCAUCAGAGGACUCCAAACCCACCCAGCCAGAGGAGCUGUCAGCCAAAGACUUCUUACACAGACUGGACUUGCAAAUAAAACAGUCAAAGCAGGCGGCGCGCAGGCUGAAAGAAGAGGAAGUAAGGAGCAACGAAGACGACUACUUGGCCCCAACAACGUCGUACCAGGAGAUAUGAGAGACUAGUCUGUUUACCUGAGGCCCCGUUUCCGGAAGCACACACACACACAAACAAACACACACAACCACAAUCUCAAUCUCCUUACUUUUCUUUCUUUACGUUUUUUCUUUUGCCGAACCACGUUGAACAAAAGUGUCAUGUUUGCCUUUUUAUUUAUUGUUUUGCAGUUAUUAUGAUGUAUAUGUUUUUGGGGUUUUGUGUACAGUCUUACAGGGAGAGGGAAUCAGAGCACAUGUGGCCAUCCACUCAUCUUAUGCUUCUGAAGCUGCUGUACAGAACGCACCUGCUGCACACAUACACACACAAACACACACACGCACGCACACGCACACACACUCUGAAUGCUAAGCAACUCCAGACGGAUUAGCUUGUUAGACUUGCUAACUGCUACCGCUGUUCUCAAUCCUCCUCUUAGCAUAGUAACAUUGAGAAGCAUCUUCAGGCCUUCAGCUUCAGUGUUUACCCAGAGUGAGCGCACCGCUCUCAGGGGCGGUGGACGGACUCCGGCCUUUGUUCCAUUUGCCUCCAUCGAAAGCUUUUUGUUUUUUUUUGCUUUAGGAACAGAAGGGACGGCUCUAUUUCUUUUUUUUUGAAGUGUGAAUGUAUUAUUUAUGUGUGUAACAGAUGUUUAAUUGUGCUUUUAAAUUCUGUUGUGUUUUGUUUGGAGAGAUUAAACAUGUAUUUAAACCAGA